AUGACAUCGGUUACGCCUCGGCGCCGUGGAGUCCGGGCUGCAUGUGACCGAUGCUAUGAGCUCAAGGAACGGUGCGAGCGUGCGUCGAUGACUUCCACCUGUGUCAGGUGCGACAGGCUGGGUCAAGUUUGCCUGACUGUGCGUCCACUGCGACCGGCCGGUCGAAGACCACGACGUCGAGAGCACCCGGCCCCCCAAACAAUAUCAAGCCAGUCAAGCACGGGCGCUCAGUCUCAACGCGAUGUCGGUGCCUGGUUACAGGAUGUUCCUGACCUGUGCCCGGAGGAGAGGGAAUUGAUGAUGUUUCUCCUAUACCAACCCCAAACCCUGCAGUUCUACGUGGUUAGCCCCAGCUUUGAAGAUGCUGAACAACGGUCGUUUGAAGCCCCGUUGCCGGCCGCUUUGCCAGUACUCAAAGAUGCCUAUCUUGCCUAUGCGGGCGGGUUGAAAGCAUUCCACGCCGACAAAACGAUGGAUGUGGAUGUGAAUGCGAAUCUCCGCCAUGCGUCCUCCGCCAUGAGAACGUUGCGCACGCUGCCGGUUGCCAGUUCAGGGGAUGCGGCAUUAUGUCUUACCCUGGGGAUCGCAUUGGCCCUGUAUAUCUAUGGAGCUAUUGGCGUUGGUGUAUCCGACAUCUGCCACUACUGCCUCAGCGCUGCCAGGCCUUAUAUUGAGCCCGCCGCGUCGAUCCCCGAAACAGAGCCUCAGCUCAUCUUUCUUGUCUUGUUGGAGACUAUGGAUUGUACGGUCCACCGCCGAAAGCCGACACUGAGGAUCCAGUCACCGGCCCCGGAACGCGUGGAUCGCCACUUGGGGCUCUGCCUCCCAUUGCUUCCCUACUAUUACGAUCUCUGUGUUAUCAGCCACUCGCUGGUCGGCGCCAGCAACGCUAGUCUCAUAUUGAUACUGCACCAGCAUCUCGGGAGGAUCCAGGCUGCCGUGAACGCAUGGCAGCCAUCCCAACCGGAGCAUUUCGUCCAUGAGUUCUCAUCGGCCGAAGUGGUCCACCUCCUGGCGCAAGCUCGGGUAUACCGAUUGGCGGCCUUGCUGAUGGCUCACCGGCUGCAACACGAAUUUGGACAGGAGGACAGUCAGGCGGAUAUCUGGUCGCGCGAGGUGAUUAUGGAACUCGAGCUGGCUCGACGGACGACACAACGAUCGAUCCGGUUUGUUACGCUCCCAUUCAUUAUUGCUGCGAUCGAGAUUCGAGACCCGGUCGCACGGGCCAAGGCAGUCCAGGACGUGGACGAGUACGUUGAUCGAUUUAUGCCAGUCGUACAAGAAGCGACCAAGACGUUUUUGUCGCGGAUCUGGCGCGAGCGGGAUGCUCAGGCAAUAUGUUCUUGGUUUGAUUCGGUUCACAAGCCGUGCGUCGUAUUGGAUUCUCUCGGGGCUUCUAGUUGGGAUACACGAGACAUGCCUGAAGUUACUUCCAAGUGGGUUUUUGCCAUUGCUCCUAUGCCUGGUCGUAAAUUCUUGACCAAGAAAUCAUCUGUGCUCCCUGAUUAUUACUAUGACGUGUACAGUUAUUCCCGAAGCCGCCCUCCCCUUGGAGUCUUGCAAGUGGUGAAGGCGGUGUCCAUCUGUCGCCUCGCUGGAACCUAUAUUCCUUCACGAAACCGGCAUCUAGUGGGCGAGGUAGGCCGUGAUGGCAACAUAUUUGAAUAG